AAUUAAUGAAGUGAAAGAGAAAGAUCGGCUACCUACUAAUAAUACUGCACUUCCAUCACGACCCAUAUUCUCUUUCUCUCUCUUGAUAUGUGUGACCGUUUCAUUCACAAGUGAUAACACAUUAAAUGAAAUGAAAUUCGCGUGACCCAAACAACACACAUCAUUCACCUUCUUGACUACACUUCACUCUUUGUUUCCAUUCCCAACUCAAACCAUUAAUAAAAUAACGCCCACACACUAUUCUCUUUCGCUCUUUCUCCAGGUUGGGAACUACAUUUGCGAGUCAACAAUUCAACAUGUUCCUUCUUAGAAGGCAAACUCAGAAUCAGCAGGAGAAUGGUUCCUCACAUUAUGAUGCUAAGGUGGCUGAACUAAGAGCUGCUAUUGGGCCCUUAUCUGGGCGUCGAUUGAAGUAUUGCACAGAUGCAUGUCUAAGGAGAUAUUUAGAAGCACGAAACUGGAAUGUUGAUAAAGCCAAGAAAAUGCUGGAGGAAACACUCAAGUGGAGGUCUACAUAUAAGCCUGAGGAAAUCCGUUGGGCUGAAGUAGCACAUGAGGGUGAGACAGGCAAAGUUUCCAGAGCUGACUUUCAUGAUAGACUCGGGAGGCCAGUUCUUAUUAUGAGACCAGGGAUGCAGAACACACCAUCACCAGAAAAUAAUAUCAAGCAUUUAGUCUAUCUGUUGGAAAAUGCUGUACUUAAUCUUUCCGAAGGUCAAGAACAAAUGUCAUGGUUGAUAGAUUUCACAGGAUUUUCAUUUAGCACAAACAUUGCUAUUAAAACUGCUCGUGAUAUUAUUCACAUUUUACAAAACCACUAUCCAGAAAGGCUUGCUAUAGCUUUUCUGUACAAUCCACCAAGAAUAUUUCAGGCUUUCUGGAAGGCUGUAAAAUACUUCCUGGAUCCCAAGACAGCCCAAAAGGUAAAGUUUGUUUACCCUAACAAGAAUGACAGUGUGGAGCUGAUGAAAUCACUUUUUGACAUAGAUAACCUUCCAAGUGAAUUUGGGGGGAAAGCUACUUUACAGUACGACCAUGAAGAGUUCUCACGGUUGAUGACUGAGGAUGACGUGAAAACUGCCAAGUUCUGGGGUCUUGAUGAUGAUAAGCCCUUCACCACUAAGAAUGGCCAUUCUGGUGCUGAGGUAGCACCAGAACCCGUGGCUAGCUAGUAUAGUUAGUUGAUUUAUGAGUUCUCAUAUUAUAGAGCUAUUAUUACAUCCAAACCGUAUUUUGUGGCUAAUUAAGGAGGUGAAUAAAAAGUGCUAUAUUGUUUCUGUUAAGUCUUAACUGUUAAUCAUAAUUACAGCUAUAUAUAAUUCUCACAUUUUCAUUGAUACUCCUUUCAACUCCUCAUUAAAGAGUAUUAAGGGUGUGGUGCUGCACUGCUGCAUGCAUACUUGAUUUGAUAUU